AUGACUGCCGAUGCCAACACGCCCCACGCGCAUCACUCUUCCGCCGUCCAUCUGGACCACCUCUACGCUGGCCGUGUCAGCUCAUCAUCCGCAUCAAUCCGACGGCAUGCUUCCAGCACCGCGUUAGAAGGUCUUGCCUUCCACGCAGAUGCAAUCAACGCUGCGGAACGCCAUUCAUCUUUCGUUACCGAUGUUGAAAGCCAAGCUAUGAACGCUUUCGGUGCCCGCACCCCCCAUCACAACGUCGAGACAGACCCGUACGGCCUCGCCCGAUCCUACAAGACCAACCAGGAUCUUGACCGAAUCAGGGCCAACUCUUCGCGGAAGAGGGAUGGCGCCCAGGGUCGCCGUCAACUCGGCGCCGGCGCCGACGAAGACUCCCCGGCCGAGCCCAAAGCCGUCUCCAAACGGGACGCCCGGAAGCUCCGCGGCUUCUACGAGAAUCAGAAUGCCGCCAUCGAGCGCAUGCUCAAAUCUGUCGAGGACCAUGUGGCCGACGCUCGUCAAGAGCAGGGUGACGACCAGCUCAAGUUUCGUGUAGCCAUAUACGGCUCGCUUGUUGCCAAUGUCAUCCUUGCCGGCCUGCAGCUUUAUGCCGCCAUCUCCUCAGGUUCUCUCUCCCUCUUCACCACCAUGGCCGACGCCGUCUUCGACCCCCUCAGCACCCUGGCGCUCAUCUUCUCCAACCGCGCCAUCAAGCACGUCGAACCCCGUCGCUUCCCCGCCGGCAAGGCCAGGCUGGAGACGGUCGGCAACAUUGUCUUUUGCUUCAUCAUGACGACCAUGUCUUUCAUCAUCAUCGCCUUUGCCCUGCGGGAGCUCACCGAGGACCAUAAGGAGAAGUCGUUUCAGCUGCCGUCCGUCAUAUCCGUCUGCGCCGCCUUCCUCUCCAAGUUCUGCCUCUUCCUCUACUGCUGGUCCAUCAAAAACAAGUAUAGCCAGGUCAAAAUUCUAUGGCAGGACCACCGCAACGACCUGCUCAUCAACGGCUUCGGAAUCCUGACUUCGGUUGGCGGCUCCAAGCUGAAGUGGUGGAUCGACCCAAUGGGUGCCAUCCUCCUGUCCAUCCUCGUCUCCGCCAUCUGGCUCCACACAGCUUUCAACGAGUUUUUGCUGCUUGUCGGCGUCGUCGCCUCCGUCGACACGCAGCAACUGAUCACCUACGUCUGCCUGACACACUCGCACUCGGUUCGUGGCAUCGACACGGUCCGAGUUUACCACUCUGGGCCGCGGCUCAUCGCCGAAGUCGACAUAGUCAUGGACCCGUCAAGCAGCCUCGCCGAGGUCCACGACGUCGCCGAGGAGCUGCAGAUGAAGCUGGAGAGCUUGCCGGACAUCGAGAGAGCCUAUGUCCACAUUGACUACGAGACCACCCAUAAGCCAGAACACGCAUACAAGAAGGAUCUGUGA